GGCUCAAACAAAAUCCCAAGGCAAUCCACAUUAUCUAUCCCUCCCCUAGAGCACCGGCGAAUGGGAGAAGAAAGCCUUUCGAGCCAGAAAAUAUGGCGACAAUCUCCGCAGUCUCUUCCUCUCUCCACUGCCGAAUUUGUCGUCUCUCCUCCCCCUCUUUCCGGCCCUCUCCUCCUCCCUCCUCUCUCGCUUCGUUCGCCUCCCUCCGCCACGUUCCAAGCCUUGCUCUAUCUCGGUCUCAGAGGAGGCCGUUCCCGAGCUUUGGAAGGGCCGUGAGGGCGGUCGCGGAGGAGGAAACCGUAGUCCCAGAAGAAGAACAAGCAGCGGCCAUCGCGCCGGAAGAAGAAAGCCCGUCCGCCGACCCGAACGUCUCCGUCCCGGUGUCACCCUCCGACAUGCUUACCAUACUCUUCAAGGCGGAGGGAACUAUGGAUGAGUCGGCGAUACCUGCAGUCACCAAGGCUCUGGAGGGAACGGAGGGCAUUAGCGAUUUGAAAGUUCAAGUCGCUGAGGGAAUUGCUAGCGUUGAGACAAAGAUUCAGAUAAAUUUCAACCUGAUUAUUUAUCUUUGGAGGGAAAAAAAGGAAAGAUUGGUAAAGGCAUCACUGGCAUAUACUAUAAUAUGCUCCAAACUUCCAUGGAAAGUUCUGAAUCUAUGCGGCCUACAUAAGUUGGCAAAGCAGACUACUGUACAAGCUACAGGAGUGGCUUCCAGUUUGGUUGAGACCAUACAAGGAUCAGGCUUUAAGUUGCAAACUUUUUAUUUGAGUUUUGAGGAUGAAGAGGAUGCUAUCGACUAGCUUUGCAUAUUGAUGGAUCUCUUUCUUGCUUAUGAUUUUUUUCCAUUAAUGCUGUAAUAUUAAUAUAAUAUUAUAUUCAAAGAUAUGUUUUUAAUUCUUGACUUGGCAACUUUAUUUGUCUCAGUAUUUGACAGAAUUUGUCAAGAUACUUGCCUUGCAGAUGACUGCAUGAUCAGAUUCAAGCUUGGGAACAACAAACAAUAAUUUAUAUUUAGAUGAUGUAACUUGUAGUGCUAAGGUGAUCUGUCAUCUCAGUUCUCAACGUUCUAUCAUCCUGUCAAGUGAUGAGGAAACUAAGUUUGCAUGUAUAAGUAAUAUUAAUUGUUCGUUCGUCUGGUU